UCGAUAUAUUUAUUAUCUGCGAGCGCCCGCCCUGAGUGCUUUCCUUACUCUCUUUUCUUUCGCGUUUUUCUAGGGUUUCUCAGAUUCAGUAACCGCCCUACGAAACCCUAGUCGCUGAACUCGCGGUUUGAAAACUGUAAUUACUAAGCCCCGAUCGUCGUGCCGGCCUUCUCUUCGUAUGGUUCUGGGCUUCUUUGAUUGGAAUGGAGUCCACCGGGCGGCUAGAACUUGUCGCCAUCCACUCCAACGCCGCCAACGACGAUGAGCGGCUGAACGGCGGAGAUGACGCCGUUUCCUCCCCAUCUGGUGAAGAGAAGGUGGUUGAUGUUUCCGGUAAUUCGUGGGACCUGUCUCCUUUCGAGAGACUGCCGCCUCCUUCUUCGACGCAGGGGCUAUACUUCUACCACAAUACUUUCCACUUAAUUCCGAACUCAAUAGGAGGGUUGAAGAGGCUGAGGACGCUUAAGUUCUUCGCUAACGAGAUUGAGAUUUUGCCACCGGAGAUUGGUGAUCUCAAGCAGCUCGAGAGUCUACAGGUGAAGGUCACUUUACCGGGCUUAUCUGGCAUUUCGUUGCAAAAGCUGAAGUCUUUGAGGGAUCUUGAGCUUUGUAGGGUUCCCCCAAAGCUCACGGAUUUCUCUAUAUUAGGGGACAUAUCUGGCCUCAAAUGCCUCACCAAGCUUUCUAUCUGCCAUUUCUCAAUUAGAUACCUGCCUCCAGAGAUUGGCCACCUUAAAAUGCUUGAGGAGCUUGAUCUUUCUUUCAACAAGUUAAAGAAUCUACCUGAUGAUUUAGCUGGCCUAGUUUCUCUUAAAUCACUUAGAGUUGCUAAUAAUAAAUUAAUUGAUCUACCUCCCGGUAUCUCAUCUUUACGAAGCCUGGAAAGAUUGGAUUUAUCUAAUAACAGGUUGACUUCAUUGGCAUCUCUAAAACUUAAUUCCAUGGAUGCUCUCCAAUAUUUAAAUCUUCAGUACAACAAGCUUCCCUAUCAUUGCCAAAUCCCAUCAUGGAUUAACUACAACCUUGAAGGAAAUGGAGAUGAUAUUCCUAAGGGCGAGGCCUGUGGAUCAUGCAGUAAUGAUUAUCACAGCAAGUCUUCAGCUUUGUGCACCGAGCUUCAUUCUAGUUGUCGGUGUCUUGUGUCACAAAAAAGGAAGAAAGGGUGGAAACGCCGGGAUGAUCUCCAACAGAGGGCUCGUCAAGAACGCUUGAACUAUAGUAGGAAGUGCAGAGUUUCAGAUCAUACUGAUGAUAUGUCUGUUAUCAUGGGUGAAGAAAGUAACUGCUGCAGAUCAUAUGUGGUGGAAAAUAGUAAUUCUGAGAUUCAAGUUGAUGAUGAUGAUAUAAAAUUAGUAGAUAGUUCUGCAAAAUCAAAAUCUUCAUCGAACAAAAAUACAGGUGACGCUGAAAGUGUUAGAUGUGAUCUUAUUAGGGAACAUUCUCUUUUGCCUCAAUUUGGUUGUUCUGAAAAUGAAAAAGAUACCAGGUUAAACAGAUCAGACAUUUCAGAAGGAGACGUUUGUUCUUGUAGUACAAAUUCUGCUAUGUCAAGCAAGGUCUAUGAUUGUGAAUAUGAGUCUGUUGAUGAGCUCAAUGUUAUUGAUAGAUAUUCUUUUGCUGAAACAUCUAAUCUAACCACAAAAUCAAAAAGGCAUUCUGAUAAGGAUCUUGACAACCCUAAACCAGCCAAGUUUCGUAAGCCCGUUGUUGACUGUUCAUACUUAGCCAGCAAAUAUUGCGUGGAGUCCUUCUGUAGCUUUGAGGACCACCUUCCAGAUGGCUUCUAUGAUGCAGGGAGGGAUCGGCCUUUCAAGUCAUUGCAGGAAUAUGAGCAGUGUGUUUGCAUUGAUUCACGUGAAGUUAUUCUUCUGGACAGAGAGAAGGAUGAAGAGUUAGAUGCAAUUACUCUGUCUGCUCGUUUACUUCUGUCCAACUUUCGAAGAUGUAAUUUAGCUCCAGCGGAAGAUGGUGUGUUUGAUGACUUCCCUAUCGUAUCAAUUCUUGCUCUAUUUGUGUCAGAUUGUUUUGGGGGAAGUGAUCGAAGUACUUCAGUUUUAAGGUUGCGAAAAAGUUUACUUGGAUCCAAUAAGCUGCAACCCUUUAUCUGUACGUGCUCUGCUGGCAACCUUUGUGACAAUAGCAAAGUUUCUAAAAAGGCAGAAGGAACUGUUGGUGGAUUUGAUUUCAAUGAAUUGUGUGAAAAUUCUCUACGAAUGAUUAAAAAAACACGCAAUUCUAGUGUAGUUCCUUUAGGGGCUAUGCAGUUUGGUGUUUGUAGGCACAGAGCUGUGCUCAUGAAGUAUUUAUGUGAUCGAUCUGAACCUCCAGUUCCUUGUGAGCUUGUUAGGGGAUAUCUAGAUUUUAUGCCGCAUGCUUGGAAUGUAGUGAGGAUCAGAAGUGGCAAUUCUUGGAGGCGAAUGAUUGUUGAUGCUUGCUAUCCAGCAGACAUACGAGAUGAAAAUGAUCCCGAGUUUUAUUCUAGGUAUAUACCUCUUAGUCGACUUCACGCCUCUCUAACUUAUGAAAAUUCUUCUAUUCUCGGAGUUUCAUUCCCUUCUCCCUCAAUGGGCAAUGGAGUAGCAAAAGUACAACCUCGGUCUGUUUUUCAUGGCAAAUUUGGUACCAUGGAUGCAGCAGUCAAGGUUCGCAGUUUGGAAGUUGAAGAAGCAUCACAAGAGGAUAUAAAAAAACUUGAGUAUGCAUUUCUUGGAGAAUUAAGAAUGUUAGGUGCUUUGAGGAAACACAGUUGUAUUGUUGAAAUAUAUGGCCACCAGAUUUCUUCCAAGUGGGUUCCUGUUGCAGAUGGACACACAGAAAGCAGGAUUUUGCAGUUUAUAAUUGUGAUGGAAUAUGUAAAAGGGGGAUCUAUAAAGGGUUAUUUGGAUAAGUUGUUAGAGAGCGGUGAUAAGCAUGUUCCUCUUGACAUAGCUCUGUUUAUUGCACGGGAUGUUGCCUGCGCAUUGGUUGAAUUGCAUUCAAAAUUUAUCAUUCAUCGAGAUAUAAAAAGCGAGAAUAUUUUGAUUGACUUGGACUGCAAGAGAAGAGAUGGUUCACCAAUUGUCAAACUCUCCGACUUCGACAGAUCUGUUCCUCUGCAUUCUUCCAUGCAUACAUGUUGCAUUGCUCACAUUGGCGUGCAUCCUCCUGACGUUUGUGUUGGGACGCCUCGAUGGAUGGCUCCAGAAGUUCUACAAGCGAUGCAUCAAAGGAAUUCAUAUGGCUUGGAGGUGGAUAUAUGGUCGUAUGGAUGCGUUCUAUUUGAACUACUAACUCUGCAAAUACCAUAUGCGGGAAAAUCUGAAACAGAAAUUUAUGAUCUGUUAAGGAUGAAGCAAAGACCCCCACUGCCACCAAAACUGGAAGCCCUUAUGAAGUCCGAGGAAGUGACACCCGAGUUUGAUCUCGGACUUUCCAACGCCGAUAUGAAGAAGAUGAGAGUACUAUUAGAUCUCUUUCACCAGUGCACCGAAGGAGAUCCGGCAGACCGUCCGACCGCCAUUGAUGUCUAUGACAAGCUCUGUUCUGCCUCUCAACAAUCACCUGAUUCAACACAAACAAGCAGCCCAGGCAACGGCUAGGUUCCGACCCCAGGAUUUUUGUACUUUCUAUUUGAGCUGGUUCAGUCAAACCGGGCUCAUGUUUAAGAUCCUACUGCUGCUUUGCGAGAGCGGGUUUCUGCUCUUCGGAUUCAUGGAAAGCAGUGCUAGUUUAGUGCUGCUUCAUCAUUGGAAGCUGGAAAUGAGAACUUGGUAGGAUAGAAAUGUUUCCUCAACUGUUUGUAACUCUUCCAUUAUUUAAUUACGAGGAAUCGGUUAUUCUUUUUAGGAAUUGUUGAUUCUGUAAGAGGAAAAACUUGAGAGCUGUGGAAUGAGGCUGACAAUUUUAAUGGAAAAUUCAAAAUUUGUUUAGUCUAUUUAGAUUGAUUUGUUUGGAGAAUGG